AUGGCGGCCGCGGGUUUGGUUGCUGUGGCCACGGCCCCAGAGUACUCUGGCCCAGUAGCAUCGGGAGGUAACCUCUCCGGUGUUAACUGCGGCCCAAGCUCCGGGACAGGCCCUGGUCCUGGCCCGGGUUCGUGGAGCCGCUCCCUCGAUCGAGCGCUGGAGGAGGCGGCAGUGACCGGGGUGCUGAGUCUGAGCGGCCGGAAACUGAGGGAGUUUCCCCGGGGAGCGGCCAACCACGACCUGACGGACACCACCCGGGCCGAUCUGUCACGCAAUCGUCUCUCAGAGAUUCCCAUAGAAGCAUGUCAUUUUGUUUCUCUCGAGAAUCUCAACUUAUACCAAAAUUGUAUUCGGUAUAUACCAGAGGCAAUUCUAAACCUACAAGCUCUAACAUUCUUAAAUAUUAGUCGGAACCAACUGUCAACGUUACCAGUGCACUUGUGUAAUUUACCACUGAAAGUCUUAAUUGCUAGUAAUAACAAAUUGGUGUCACUUCCAGAGGAAAUUGGACAUCUCAGACAUUUAACAGAACUUGAUGUGAGCUGCAAUGAAAUUCAAACAAUACCUUCCCAAAUUGGUAAUUUGGAGGCCUUGAGAGACCUUAAUGUAAGAAGAAACCACUUAAUACGUUUGCCUGAAGAGCUGGCAGAACUGCCAUUGAUACGAUUAGACUUCUCCUGCAAUAAAAUUACAGCAAUCCCUGUUUGUUAUCGGAACCUCAGGCACCUACAGAUGAUCACCCUAGAUAACAAUCCACUACAGUCUCCUCCUGCACAGAUAUGUAUUAAAGGCAAAAUUCACAUAUUUAAGUACCUGAACAUACAGGCAUGUAAGAUUGCUCCAGAGCUGCCAGAUUAUGAUAGGAGACCCUUGGGUUUUGGCUCCUGCCAUGAAGAACUGUACUCAGGUCGCCCUUAUGGAGCCCUUGAUUCAGGUUUCAAUAGUGUGGACAGUGGUGAUAAGAGAUGGUCAGGGAAUGAACCUACAGAUGAAUUUUCAGAUCUGCCUCUUCGAGUAGCAGAAAUAACUAAGGAACAAAGACUGCGAAGAGAAAGCCAGUACCAGGAGACUCGGAGCAGUUUAGUAGUAACAAAUGGUGGAGUGGACCAUGAUCUGGACCAGAUCGACUACAUCGAUAGCUGUACUGCAGAGGAGGAAGAGGAUGAGAUCAGACAGCCCAAGGGCCUGGAACCAGACAGCCUCAGUUCCCAGUUUAUGGCGUACAUUGAACAACGGCGAAUCUCUCAUGAGGGUUCACCCAUAAAGCCAGUACCUCUGAGGGAGUUUCAAAAAACAGAGGACAUGAGAAGAUAUUCACAUCAAAACAGGGUUCCAGUUGAGCCAUCUUCUGUCAUGUCACUAUCACCAUGUCACAAUCAGUUAUCACAUACAGACUUGGAACUUCAUCGGAGAAGAGAACAGUUAGUAGAACGAACUCGGAGAGAGGCCCAGCUUGCUGCCCUACAGUAUGAGGAGGAGAAAAUAAGGACCAAGCAGAUCCAGAGAGAUGCUGUCCUGGACUUUGUCAAGCACAAAGCGUCACAAAGUCCACAAAAACAACAGCCCCCCUUAGAUGGUGAGUGUCCCUUCCCAUCCAGAAGGUCUCAGCACACUGAUGAUAGUGCCUUGUUAGUGUCGCUGUCAGGGUUGAAUCAAGUGGGCUGUGCUGCUGCCCUGCCUCAUUCUUCUGCCUUCAUGCCUAUCAAGAAUGAUGACAGAUCUAAUGCCAUAACAAGUUCACCUACAACAGAAACAGUUCAUCAUUCCCCUGCAUAUUCUUUUCCUGCUGCUAUUCAGAGAAACCAGGCCCAGCGCCCUGAAAGCUUCCUUUUCCGAGCAGCUGUCAGGGCAGAAGCAAAUAAAGGUCAUGCUUCACCCCUUCUUUCAUCUUCUGCUCCUACCACUGACUCUGCAGAUCCCAUAAUGAGACCGAAUUCAAGACAGAGAGAAGAAGAACUGGAAUUAAUAGAUCAACUUCGAAAACAUAUCGAGUACCGGCUGAAAGUAUCACUGCCUUGUGACCUUGGAGCAGCUCUAACCGAUGGUGUUGUUCUUUGCCACUUGGCCAAUCACGUGCGGCCUCGAUCUGUCCCCAGCAUCCACGUCCCCUCACCAGCUGUACCUAAGUUAACUAUGGCAAAAUGCAGGCGGAAUGUGGAGAAUUUCCUAGAAGCUUGCAGAAAAAUUGGUGUACCUCAGGAGCAAUUAUGUUUGCCUCUGCACAUUUUAGAAGAGAAAGGUUUGAGCCAGGUCGCAGUGACGGUGCAGGCUCUCCUGGAGCUUGCCCCGCCCAAGCAGCAGCACCACUUGUCUGCUGCGUGAGGACCCUGCACGCGGGCACUGGCCCGGCCACCCUGGAGCAGGACGCGAGCGCCGCUGCCAGCUGGCUGCUUCCACAAAGCUCUUACAUGUUCUUAAAAGGGACUGUUUCCAUGAUUCCUGACAGGAAUAUUUUGCUUCAUUUCUCCAUUUUAGGAGAGGUUAUAUCUGUUUCCAUUGAAUUGUUUUAGGAAGACACGGUUGGUUUUUGCAAGUGAAACUUCGUUCUUUCGUCACUGAGAACCUGACACCGAAGCCUAAACUGGCUGGGCUUUCCUAGAGAGCAGGCUUGUCUCCCAUUCCAGAAAGACAGCCUCUCAGAGGGAUAGCUAGCUUUCCUGAAAGCACAGACAUGCUACUAUCUUUACCUGUUUCCUGUUUCUGGAACUGGUGACUCAUUAGAUUCUCCUGGAACAUUUGUUAAAGUGUAGAUUCUCAUUCCAGGAGGUCUGGAGCGGGGCCUGGGUUAUCUGCAUUUUCAACAGACACAGUGAGACCACUUUCCCAACGGUAUUUUUCGUAUGAUGUGGAGAGUAAUGACUCCACUAUGUUUAUCAGCCGCAUUUAAAAUCAGAAGCUAUAUUACUUUGGACUAUCUGUCCAAGGCAAAACAAAAAAUAACAGAACAAAUAAACUUAUGUCUAAAGCAAACCAGAUAUGAUGUAGAAGGCCUAGAUUUUUGCACGGUAAAGCAAUGAGAGAGGUAAGUUAAGGCCAGUGUCCUAGGCCUUCUCCCAACUUUUGUCCACCACCACCUAAAGCUUGGUUCUCACCUGUGACAUUCUGCUAUUACCUGAACAUUGUAAACAAGCACUCUACACAAGGGUUCCAAAUCCUUAGGAUGGUAACGUGCACUACUCAGCAUCAUUUGCAUUGCGCUCCCCCCCACCUCCCCCACACUGCUCGCAGGAUACCAGGGCCUGCAGAUACCUUCCACUCACCGCCGAUACACUUCUAGCUCCCUAACUAAUGGAGGAUUAUGAAAACAGAGCAAAAGGAAUAAAAGAGUAGCCAAGUUUCUUAAUUUCUUUCAAGUAAUUGCCAGUUUCCAUGGCUGAAAUAAGGCACUUGGGGCUUCUUUAAAAAACCAUGUGCUGUCUCUGUAUCUAGCUUGUCAAAUUCUACCAUUGGUGCCUUCACUCAUUUGUGGGCCAGGUAAGAGGGCCCAGGGCUCAUGAAACACAAAGCUGGGAGCCUUUGUUCAAUCUUAAACCACUAAAGUCUCUCUUAUCCUAUUUUUUGAACCCCUUUUAGUUGUCAGCGUCUUUUGGUAUUCGCUGCCUUUAUAAAUCAAGUAAAUAGAGUAACUGAAGAUAGUAGUUAAUCUAAGGUUUUUUGGGUUGUAAACUGUUCUGGACUUUCUUUACCAAUGCAUGCAUUUGAGCAAAGUGUUCACUCUUUAUCAUGUAAGUGCAACAUCUAAAAGUAACUGGGUAAAAUCAUGUUGAGCAUCUGGUCAAAAUAAUGUUUUCUCCCUGUUCUCACUGGGAAACAAGUUGAGCAGAACAUUACCACUUUGUCAAAGUUUAAAAUUAAGGAACAUAAAACAUCUGAUCUCAAAGCUCACUGACCUUACAGAACAAAAGUAAAAUGUUUUUUAAGUGCUUAGAGCCAGACCCCAUUAAAUUUACAGUUCUAAACAGACCCACCAAUCAGAGUGACUUGUUUAGAAUUUAGCUGUGUACAUUUUUAAACUAUAAGGAUUUUUCCUUCUACUCAACAUUAAACCUCAGUACAAUUUCCAAAUAAUAGAAGCCAUUUGAAAUGAAACUCAGCAAUGAAGAGGACUGUUUAUCACCUAUUAUGUAAGGAAUAAUCCCAGAAGACAUACAUAAUGCAACAUUUGGAACAUCUGCAACUAAUUAUCCCAUAGGGUAAGUGGAAGUUACCACUUAUUUCACAACUGACACAUAACGUGCAAACUUAUUCACAUAUUUUCAUCAAACUAAUGCAAGUUUAUAUUUGAAUUACUAGGAAAAAAUUGUGUACAGUUUUGGCUUGAUAAAGAAAAAAUAUCAAAUAUAUUGAUGAAUUUCUUUUCUAAAUCAAGAUGUUUUUGCUAGAAAAUUUUUAUAUUCAUUUUUCUGUAUGUACCAUUUUUUUGUUUUUUUGUUUUUUAAUAAACUGGAAAGAAAAUGUAAUAACAUUUAGCCUUGCUAGACUCCAGUGUAAGACAAAGACCCUGUAGGGGUUCCACUGAGCAUUGAUGAGAUUCCUUCCUACUGAAGCAGUGGCUGACCAGUGAACAGGAGGAGGCUAAGUGCCCACCCCGACAGCCCUGGAGACUGGCAGUCAGCAGGUUCUCUGCAGACAGCUGCUGGGCGUGGAGCCUUUCUUUGUCUGGCUAGAAGAGAAUAGGGAGCUUAUUAGGAGGUCACUCUCUUUAAUAGCAUAUUUAAAUACAGCCUCAUAGCUAACCGAGGAGUCGAUGAUUUCUCUUACUUGCUACAGCUUAGCAGUGACUAAUGAUGUGUGACUCUGCUGAUGAGUAGGACAAAUUUUUAGCAACCAAGUACUUAAAAUGGUAUUAGAAAUGAAGGAAAACAUGGAUAUUUAGAAACCUUUUUAUAUACGUAUUGCAGUGAGAUGGUUUACAGCAGAUUUCAUUUUAUUUCUGAAAUGUUGUAAACAUGUAAUUAGUAAAAGAUUUUGUAAAACAUUGUCCUAUAUUUGUAUGUCUGUAAAUAUAAUGCAUAAGUUCUAAGUAUAAAUAUGUCAGUAUCAUGUAUGUUAUUUUAAAUUGCCUGUACGCCACCUUACAUGUUCACAUUAAAAUAAAAGCCAGCACUUCAAUCGCA